AUGGCAAUUAGGAAGCAAACUCUAUGGGACUCUAAAAAUGAUAAGUAUGUGGGGUUUGUAGACUAUGGACAUAUACCUACCAGUAAACCAGAUCAAUAUGCAUCAGAAGCACUAGUAUUUGUUCUUGUGGGGGCCAGAAGUAAUUGGAAAUGUCCUAUUGGAUAUUUUCUCACUGACAAAAUGACUGGAAAAAUGCAAGCCAAGUUGGUUCAGGAAGCACUCAUUAUGGCAGCUGAAGCUGGAUUACGUGUCUAUUCUGUAACAGCAGAUGGUACUUCUGUCAAUUUCACCAUGUUCAGUGAACUUGGCUGCAAGUUUACAACAUCAUAUUAA